AUGGCCUCGUCUCCACCGCGACCAUCGCCGUCGGCUUCGUCUCCGCCGCGGCCCCCGCCGCCGUGGGAUUCCUCACCAACACCUGGCUGGCCGCAGCCGCGUCUUCUUCUUCACCACAACGUCCCCAGCCGCUCCCGGGGGCUCGGCCUCGCCGGAGCCAUCACAUACGUGCUGGCCACGGUCACGGCGUCGCCCUCCAGAGUCCGGGCUAAGCUCGCCGCUCCGAGCGCCUGCAGCAACAGCCGCGCAGCAGCGCAUGGCCAAAGGCAGGAGCUCCUCGCGUGCAUACGAGCAGCAGCGAUGCAAGCUAAGCGCACCAGCCAGCUGUGCAGACGCGCGCGCGGGCAAACAGCGCGAAGCAUAAUAUCUCCCAUGCGCCCUGGGCGAAUCCUCCUCGUCCGCCCUGCGCCCAUGCGGCGCCCACGUCCUCCGCCGGCGACGUCCACCGUCAGCUGCGCCGUCCUGCGAGGGAAGCAGCACGCAGCAAAUGCAGCGCUAGAAGCAGCAAACAGCAGGCACGCAUGCGCAUGCACCAGCUGGCCAAACCAAACAGCAACACCACAGCGCAGUGGCACACAGCAGCAGCAGCAACCUGCGCACCUCCACCCGCGCCCAGCUCAGUCGCGACGCGCUGCUCCACCUCGGGCUCCUGCUGCACCGCCCGUACCUCCGGCUGCUGCAGUGCCAGCCGCUGCACCGCUCCUGCUGUGCGCCCUGCGCGUCCUCCGACACGCGCCGGCUUCGACCGCCGCUGUCCACUGCGCCCCGCUGGCUCCGUGCCCAGGCCGGCUUCAUCCGCGGCCGGCUCCGUGCCACACGCGCCCGUUCCGUCCGCGCUCAACUACGCCGCGCCCCGCACGUCACCGCCACGGCCUCCAUCCGCCCACGCGCGCCCAAGAACCUCCGUCGGCUUCAUCAUGCCACCUCGCCCGGGCUAGCUCCCGCUGCACCACCGGCUUCAGCUGCGACGCGCCAUCUCCGGCUACGCCACCGCGGCGUCUUCUCCGGCCGCCGCCUCCAACAGCUCCGGCUGCGCUGCCACGGCCAACUCGGUCGCCCGACCUCGACCGCAUGCGCGUCGCAACUACCGGCUGCACCGCGCGCUCUCCUCUGGCAUCCGCGCGAAACCCAGGCCGGCUUCGACGCCUCGCCGUGGCCAACGCACCUGCUCCCUCGCCAUCGUCCGGCUCAUCACCCAUGCCUGGUCCAGCUCCGGCUUGCCAUUUCCUCCGGCUGCUGCGCACUCGCGCCCGCCGCCCGCCGCGACCAUCUCCGGCCGCCGCGCCCAGCCGCGCCUCCGGCUGCGCCCCCACGACCAACUCCGGCUGCGCGUCGCCUCCACCAGGCCGGCUGCCGCGCCGCUAG